AUGCUUCAAGUACAAGCUAACAAAAAUCUCCUUCACGGAGGGUACUUUCAUUCAGUAUUAAGAUUUUUGCAAUCAUCUAAUGCAGUACUUUCCAAUAGUAAUUUGAUGUAUCCAAUUUUUUUAAUUGAUGAUGAUGACGCAAUAGAAACUAUUCCAGAUUUUCCCAAAGUUUAUAGAUAUGGAGUUAAUAAAAUAGUUACCGCCCUUGAACCAUUAGUUAAAAAAGGUCUAUCUUCUGUUUUACUCUUUGGCGUUAUUAAAACAUUACCAAAAGACGAUUUUGGUACACAUGCAAAUUCAGAUAGUAAUCCUGUUUUGAGAGCUAUAAAUAAAAUUAAAACAGCUUUUCCAAAUUUACUUAUCGCUUGUGAUGUGUGUUUAUGUCCUUACACUAUACAUGGCCAUUGUGGAAUAUUAAAUUCAGAUGGAACCAUUGAUAAUAAAAAAAGUGUAGCAAGAUUAGCUUCGGUAGCUUUAUCGUAUGGUGAAGCAGGAGCUCAUAUAUUGGCUCCUUCUGAUAUGAUGGAUGGAAGAAUUUAUGCGAUUAAACAAAAACUUAUCGAUUCUGGAUUGCACAAUAAAGUAUCACUUUUAUCAUAUUCAGUAAAAUUUUCUUCUUGUUUUUAUGGACCAUUUAGAAAAGCAGCAAAUUCUAGUCCUUGUUCUGGAGAUCGUAAAGCAUAUCAGCUUCCAGGUGGAAGUUCUGGUCUAGCUAAAAGAGCUGCCGCAAGAGAUGUAGAAGAAGGUGCUGACAUGCUAAUGGUAAAACCUGGUCUUCCAUACCUUGAUGUAAUCGAAAGCACGAAAAAAUCAUUUCCAGAAUUUCCUUUAUUCGUUUAUCAGGUUUCAGGUGAAUAUUCCAUGUUGAUUUCAGCAUCCGAAGCUGGAGUUGUCGAUUUGAAAGAUAGUGUUUUAGAAAUAAUGUCCUCCUUUCGUAGAGCAGGUGCAGAUUGUAUAAUUACAUAUUUCACUCCGUUAAUAUUAGACUGGAUAGAAAAUGAUGGGAAAAAUUCUGAGCAUAAGGCUAUGUCUUUAUCAAUGUGA